CAGCUUUGUCAGGGCUCCAUCACACCCUCCUUCUAAUCUUCCCUCCAUCACAUAUACACAAUACACACGCCAUGGUUCGCAAAAAGAUCACCUCGAAGCGUAUCCCUGCUAACCACAGGUACAAAAUCGAGAAGCGGGUUAAGGAUCACCACCGCAAGCUCCGCAAGGAGUCCAAGAAUAGCCCUAACAAGGCCCAGCACAGGAGCAAAAAAGAUCCUGGUAUUCCGAACAACUUCCCAUUCAAGGAGCAGCUGCUGCAACAGAUUACGGAUCAAAAGAUGAAGGCACAGGAGGAGAAGGAGAAGCAGAAGGAGGUCCGUCGUAAGGCUGCGGAGAAGGCACGGAAGGCAUGUGGUUCAUGAGGAAAUGCUUCUUUGUUUUGUGGUCAAUAUAUGUUGUGGAAUGUGGAUAAUGAAGUAGCCACCCCUUCCUCAUUUUAUAGCCCAUUUCUUCCCCUCGAAUUACCUUUCUUUUGUUUCGACUAUGCUAUGUGAUUAUUAUCUCUAGGGAUCCGCCAAGUCGUCUCCGAAAACAAUGCCUUCCUGCUCGGCCAGCACCUCUUGACAACCUACUCCAAUAUCGACACCUAUC